UUCUGGACAAGUUUAGUCAGAAAAAUUAAAUGUCAAACCAAAACAGUUUCAAUUGAAAACAAAAUUAAACAAAUAACAAUUUAUAAUUUUACAGAGAAAUAAAAUUUAUAAAAUUUAAUUUGCGCGGUUCUACGUUUGCGCAAUUAGAGUCAUUGCUGCGAAAAGUUAUAUAUAUGUAAAGGGGAUGAUUGAAAUCCACCCCCAGUGUAUAGAUAUAGGUCUUUGCUAAACAAAACCAGAAGGGUUGAAAAAGUGUAAGGAAAUUUUAAAGCAGAGCUAAAAUCUUGAGCUCUGAAACAAUUACUUGGUAAUAAUCGUAAUUGUUGAAACACGAGAGAAUCAUCAAAGUGUUCAGAAUUGUUUCUCACGGAUUUUUUCUAUAUAAUACAUCAGCCGGCAUUUAUUUCAUAGGGGAAAAAAGAGAAUCGAUUUGCUGAUUUUCUACGAUGGAAGCUCUAAUUCCAGUAAUCAACAAAUUGCAAGAUGUUUUUAACACCGUUGGAGCAGAUGCUAUUCAAUUACCACAAAUCGUUGUCCUAGGGACACAGAGUUCAGGAAAGUCCUCGGUGAUAGAAAGUUUAGUUGGACGUUCUUUUCUACCGCGAGGAGUUGGCAUCGUGACACGUCGUCCUCUAGUUUUACAACUGGUCUAUACACCAAAGGAUGAUCGAGAAUACAGAUGCGCUGAAGAUGGGACUUUGGAUCUCAACGAAUGGGGCACAUUUUUGCACAAGAAAAAUCAGAUCUUUAGGAAUUUCGAUGAGAUUCGACAGGAGAUUGAAACGGAAACUGAUCGAAUGGCUGGUGCAAAUAAAGGAAUUUGUCCCGAACCGAUAAAUUUAAAGAUCUAUUCAUCGUCGGUGGUGAAUUUAACAUUAAUUGAUUUACCAGGAAUAACAAAAGUGCCAGUUGGCGAUCAACCGGAAGAUAUUGAAAAUCAAAUUCGUCAACUUGUACUCAAGUACAUUUGUAAUCCAAAUUCGAUAAUUCUCGCAGUUGUCACUGCAAAUACAGACAUGGCAACGAGUGAGAGUUUAAAGCUGAGUAAGGAUGUUGAUCCUGAUGGAAGACGUACACUGGCAGUGGUUACAAAAAUGGAUCUUAUGGACGCUGGAACCGAUGCAAUUGACAUUCUCUGCGGUCGAGUGAUUCCUGUGAAACUUGGGAUCAUUGGCGUGGUGAAUCGCUCGCAGCAGGAUAUAAAUAAUAAGAAAACGAUACAAGAUGCUCUAAAGGAUGAAGCAACGUUUCUUCAACGCAAAUAUCCAACUCUCGCACAUCGCAAUGGAACUCCAUAUUUAGCAAAAACACUAAAUCGACUCUUAAUGCAGCAUAUUCGUGAUUGCUUGCCUGAUUUGAAGUCACGAGUGAAUGUUCAGGUAUCGCAGUAUCAAGCACUGUUGAAUUCCUAUGGCGAGGACGUUGGUGACAAAAGUCAAACAUUAUUGCAAAUAAUCACGAAAUUUGCUAGCAGUUAUUGUUCGACAAUUGAGGGUACUGCGAGAAAUAUUGAGACAACGGCAUUGUACGGUGGUGCUCGUAUUUGUUAUAUAUUUCAAGAGAGUUUUGCAAAAACACUUGACUCAAUACAUCCACUCGAUGGACUGACAAAACGUGAUAUUUUAACUGCAAUUCGUAAUGCAACCGGACCAAGACCAGCACUUUUUGUGCCCGAAGUUUCAUUUGAAUUAUUAGUGAAACGACAAAUACGAAGACUUAAGGAUCCAUCUUUACGUUGCGUUGAACUUGUACACGAGGAAAUGCAAAGUAUUAUACAACAUUGUGGCAUUGAAGUGCAACAGGAAAUGUUGCGAUUCCCCAAAUUACACGAGAGAAUUGUUGACGUUGUUACGCAAUUGUUGCGAACACGUUUACCAACCACUAAUCAAAUGAUUGAGAAUUUAGUUGCUAUUGAACUGGCUUAUAUCAAUACAAAACAUCCGGAUUUUAAUAAGGACGCUGCUUUUGCAUCGGUAAUGUUUAAAGAAGUUGAUAUGGAGCAAAAGAGAAAACAUCAUUCGUCUAAUUCGAUAUCUAAUGCAAUUGUUCCCUUCGAUAAAAACGCAAAAAUGGUGAAUAAUCGCGACAGUGUGUCUAUGGAUCAACCACAGCAGAAUCAUUGGCUUUUGAGUACACUUUUGCCGCAAGGAAAAUCCGAAUCGACGACAAAUUCAACGGACGGAUCGCCAGUUAGAAAUAUAUCGUCGCCAAAUCCACCAGCAAAUUCGUUCCCUGACGGACAGAAAAUGGUGCUUCAACAAAAACCUGUCAACUUAUUGCCAGAAGUGCCUACGCAUAUUUCUUUCAAACUUAACGAUCGAGAACAGCGAGACUGCGACGUUAUUGAGAGAUUAAUCAAGUCCUAUUUCUACAUAGUGCGCAAAUCAAUUCAAGACAGUAUUCCAAAAGCUGUUAUGCAUUUCCUAGUAAAUUAUGUGAAAGAUAAUCUUCAAAGUGAACUUGUUACGCAUUUAUAUAAAUCAGAUCAAGCGGAAGCUCUUCUCAAUGAAAGUGAACACAUCGCAGUCAGACGCAAGGAAACUGCAAAUAUGCUUAAGGCGCUGACGCAGGCCGGUCAUAUUAUCAGUGAAAUUCGCGAGACACACAUGUGGUGAUAAGCGAGGAACUUAGCCACAGUUCAGCGCUCAAAAUAAACAAAAAAAAGAAAGAAAAAGGAACGGUCAGGCUAGUUUUAAUUAGGCUUUACCAACUCUUCGUUAGAUAAGUUAUUCGACAUCUAUACCCUAUGUAUAUUUGACCAGUGUACAUAAUUAUUCUUACUUUUCAAAGCAAGCCGAAAAUCAAUUUCAUCAAAUGCACUUGUCACAACACAAUGUUGACUUGUUUUAAAACGUGAUUGCUAAUUUGUUUUUUCUUUGGCGAUCAUAUUAUUAUUAUGUCAAUGUAUAAAUCGAUUAAAGCAAAAAAAAAAAUGAAAUUUA